AGGCCAAAACGACAGUAAAUCUCAUUGAAAAGUCAAUUUUGAACAGAUACAACUGAUUCUGCAUGUCAAGAGGUAUUUUGUGAUUUUUAAUCAGGUUAUGGAGUCAGAAUCCUAAAAUUCUAAAAAUAGUAUUUUAUCAUGACUGCACUCCACCACUCUAUUUCAUUGCCACUUCUAAGUGAGAAAAAUCAGUUAUUGUACUCUGAUUUUACACGCAAUGUGACAAAUUCACAAGAUUGCUGUGAAACAUUGUAUUUUUGCAAUGUGUGUAGAUAGAUCGGUUUUUUUCAGAUAGAAGGUGACUCAUUUGAUUCCUCGUGUGUAGUGUCAACACACGAGGUACAACCUUCUUUUCGGACUAUUUAUUCAAGCUUACAAAAUUUUCGGCGUGCUCGAUAAGUUGUCAGAUUCUCCAGUUGAUUUUCCAUAUACCACUGUCAAUCAAUGUAGUUUUGAAAAGUAUAUUUAUACCACAAAUUUGGAAGCUAUCACGGAAUUCAAUUUCGCUAUCACUCUUUUCGCAUCUCAAAAUAGACUUUCUUUAAUUUUGUUUUAUAGAAGCUGUUGUUUUUCUUUUUGCAUUAUUUCUAGUUUAUUAUUGAGAAGACAAAUGCCCAAUUUAUGGGCAACCCCCAAGCAAGGCUUAUGUGAUCAUCAAUACCCCAAUACGGAUUUAUUUAAUUCAAUGUUUUUUAUGUUGUCUUUACGUUGGUUGCAGGUUGUGUAUCUGUGCUUUGCUCCUUGCAGAAAGCGUUACUCUUGUUAGCUCUUAAGAGCGGAGCAAAUAGGGUUGUCAAGUGAUGACGUCACAAAAAUCUAUUUUUAGAAUUUUAGAAAUUGUUUCCCAUAACCUGUAAGAGCAUCCUGAAAUACCUCUAAAUCUGCAAAAUCAGUUAAAGGUAUUACGAAUUGGCUGAGAUAUGUUCAGAUGAGCACAAGCUCUGGUCCCAUCAAACCUCUGUAAUUUGGUCUCAGUUCAUAACUUCAUGAACUCAGCCAAAAUAACAGUAAUCCGUUAGCAAACUUCAGAUCUUCUAUCGGCCAUAGCUCACCCGAUUUUUGAAAAAUUUAACUGAUUUUGCAUAAAUUGGAAUAUUUUAUGGAGUUCUUUUGUGUUUUGUGGUCAAAAUUCGAAAAUUCUAAAAAUAUUUUUUUAAUCAUGUCACAUUUGAGAACCCUAUUUGAUAGAAUGGAAAGAAAGUCAGCUAAUUUCCGCUUAAAGGUGUAAAUUCCUAUUGAAUUCAUUUCUCUCGCCGUUACAUGCACCAAUUUCUAUCGAAGGCUUUAGUUACACUUUUCAGAAUCCUCUCUAAUUGCAACCAACCAGUAAUAUGAUUCAUUAUUGCACCUUAGUUUUUCUACAUUUCAUGCAGGAUUACGUCACAUAGAAGAACUGACGCGACCUAUGAAUGAAGUCAUUCAUGAAUAUGUGACACUGAAAAUUGUGUUUUUAACAGGUUGCCUAUUAAUAGCCAAACGCUGCGAUUUGCAAGACACGUCAGGUCUAUACAUCUGUUUAUGUGUUAGAUUUUACAGAAAAGGGCCACGGUGUUUUUCUUAUAAUCCGUUCGUUAAUGUGGCUUAGAUUUAUGUGAAAACACGUGCCAGAUCCUUGCAUUUUUAUAUUCAGCUGUAAAUAUAUUGUUUUAACACCUACACUUAAAAAGUUAAAGCAUGUUUUGUUGCUUAGAGAAAUUUCUAGUAUCACUGGUCCUAGUCCAAAACAACUUAUGCGAUGUUUCGCCAAUGAUGUCUUGGGUUGGUCAAAGUAACAGCAUAAACCCCAUCUAGAUUUGUAAAUUGUAUCAUUAGGGCCACUGUAGACAAAGUUUUAGACAGAUGUAUUGUGACAAAACCAAAAGCACGUAGUAUGCUUGUAUUUUCCAACGUCUACCCUUUUCCCUUUCAAUGUUGGAGCGUUUGUAUUCUAGAAGCAGAUAUAUUCUCACAAAAGCUGCGAAUGCGGAGGAGUACAUAUUCUCAACACUGUCGAUCUAAUGUGACUCGUCAUGUGGGGCACCCAUAUUAGACAUGGCUACAGAAAAAAGUAGUAUUUUUAACCCCAUUUCUUGAAAAGAGCCCAUGUUGGUGCAAUGCCCAGUCCUCUUACAAGCCCUACAAUGUGUAAUUAACUGGUCCAUCAUGUAAUUGUCUCAAUUUCAAAUGCUUUUCCUUUAACUUUUGUUGAUAUUUCCUUGCUUUUUCCAGGUGUAUAAAAUAUAUUUCGCUACUGUUUUCGGCUGUGUUUGCAACUGUUGCUUAAAAAUAUGUUAACUAUUGCUAUAUUGGUCUUUCUUUUCAACGACGACCAUCAAAGAAGUCCUUCCGUAGGCAGUUCAUUACUCUUUGAUGGUCUUUGUAGAAAUGCAGCUACAUAAGCUAACUCCUUCACAGUUACUUGUGUCUUAAGCUUCUGGUUGCCAGGUAGCUAUCGUUACCCCCUUAAAGUAUGCCGAGUACACUGAAGUGUUUGGUGGAUCACCUUUGAAUUUAUCAUACAGCAGGUAGUUGAUGAAGGAAAAGACAUAUAAGUAAUUGCCAAUGAUGUUUAUAUCCAAUAUAUUUAUGAACUUGAAGACAAAGCAUCUUUGGUGUAGAAAUUUUGCUUGAGUUUUGAGUUUUAUUUACUGCUUUCUUGUGCAAUUUUCAUUCCUGUGAACACGAGAGCCCGACACUCAGCGAAUAUAUCUAAGAGGAUAGUUCAAUUGCCUUAAAACUUAGAAGCUCAACCUACAAGACACGAUGGCCAAUCAAGUAGCUUUGGUCAUUUUUGCAAUAUCUUCAGUCUACAGCUUUCAUUUGCCCCCAGUUAAUAUCGGUGUACCCCAGAAUGGCAAUGGUACCUGCAGUGCAUUCAAUGGAGAACAAAUCAAAGUGGGAGAAUGGAAACCAGUUGAUAACUGUAAGCUAAAUUGCACAUGUGUACAAGUUGAAAAGAACCAAUUUUUGGAAUGUUCUCCUUGGUGCAAACAACAGAGGAAGGUUUGCAAAUUGGGAGAAAAGUUAGAGGAAGAAAAAUAUUUCGAAGAAGUUGGCAAAACUGGCUGCAAAAGAUGUGUUUCAAUCGUGUGCGAUGCCCUUCAAUUUCCACCUCCUCAUAACUCCGAAAACAUAAAGCCCAUGAAGAAGAUAUGUACAGAACCUCAUACAGAUGGACCAUAUAAAGUCCUUGAAGAAGUAGAGGAAAUUUUGGUAAACCCACAUCCGAAUGAACUACCAUGAUCAUCCUUGGAAAGAGAAAGCUGCUUAACAUUGGAAGUCACUCCACAAAGAGCGCUGCUAAAAAGGAAGCACGACACAAUCAUAAGCAAUGUUUUUGACUCAACUUCCAAUAAAAAUCUUUCCCAACAAAUUAUAAACAUUUUAGCACGAAAUAUGAAAUAUAAAAUUCCGAAAGCAGCUUAAUCUAUAAAAGUUAAUAAUUUGUAGUAUCAAACAAGAAUCUUGUAUUUUAUAGCGUUCAAUGAACAUUAAUGUAGAUACCAGAUUACUGCGGGAAAAUGCCCCCUAACAUGAACAUCCUCUUGAUAUUGUUAAAACGCGACUACUUUUAAAUACCCCCCCCCCUCCACAAAAACAUCUCCUUGUUGUAAUGGACAUUUAUUGGAAAAAAAUGUUUAGCACAAUCAGUUUUUUAUUGGUAAAAAUUUAGUGUAACUGUAGAAACAUUUUAGCUUUUCGAAAGCAGUUUUUCUGUAUCUUAAAUGUUAAAUAUGAAAAAUGAACCUUCCAUCCGGAUCUUCAGUAACAUAGUCAGUAAAGUAGUUUGAUGCUUGUUGUCACUAACUUCUUGGACAAAUUAUUUACAGGAUAUCAUCAGCUGAAAGAUGCCUUUUCUAUUGUUCUUCUGGUACUAUUUUGCAGCCUUGCUCAACUGAAGAAAUGGAAAAUGUAUUAAAUCUGCUCCUGCUGAUUAUUUUGCAACACAUUUUCCAAAUCCCUUCUGACUAAAAAAAUCGGAUUGAGUAGAUGAUUGCCUUCAAUUCGAAGUAAUCCUAAGUAAAAACUGAUUUGACAAACCCUACCAUGUAGACACAGCUCUAUUACAAGGUGAUCACUCCCUUGACUUUAGUUUGAAUAGAUUUUCUAAAGCAAUUUUGAAAACAAGAAUAUCAAUACUUUUUUAUUAUCAGUAUAAAUAAAAUCAAUUGAAUCUACAGCUAAACAAAAUAUAAUGGCUUCUUUUCUUUUAACCAGCAAUGAGUCUUGUCCAAGGGCGAGGAUGGCUCAGUUG